AUCAUGGGUGGACCCUGUUUCAUCCCUCCGAUUGUGUUUUUUUGGGAAAAGCAAAGGUCUGGUAGGUUUGUUGAUGUUUGGUUUUCUUGAAAGCAAAGGUGGACGCGCGGCAGUAUAGCUUGCAAGGCGGUGAGAGCCACUACGACGGCGAUUUCGAAAAUGCGCCAUGCGCUCCUUCUACUUCUUCUGUGAUCCUGUAUUUCGCGUCUUUAUCGAUAUCGAGUAUGGAGACUUAUCUUGUCGCUUUUGGUUCUUCGCUCUUCUUCUCUUAUUGCCGUGUUGGCUUUUACCACAGCUGACUUGUAAUAUCAUCUUCGAUUCAAUUUCAAGUUUUUCAUCCGCAGCGCUGUCAUGUCAAUGUUGUCACAAUAAUUUAUCUCAGUUGACUCAGCCCCUCUGGACGUGGAAGCGCCGCCUUAGUAAAGUUAUGCAAAACUCUUGAUUAUAUAAGGAUAUACCAGACCAAUCAGGAUACAUAGCAGCGAUUCCUCGUAGAGGGUCUGAGAAC